CGGCAAGCCGCGCGCGGCCCGGUAGCACCGAGCUUAUCUUAUGGAGCCGCCAGUGUUCCGCCCUGGUGCCCUCCAGACCCACAGGGCGGCGCCCGGAACCACCGCGACCCUCGCCUUCCCGCUACCAGCCGGAACACCACCCAUCCACUACGAAUGGAGCCGCGCGGGGGCGUCGCUAGACGACCGCUUCACGACCUCGGACGACGCGGGCGGCGUCCGCCUCACCGUGAACGCCGCGCGCGCCGGGGAUAGUGGCGUUUACACGCUACAAGCAACCAACGCAGCCGGGAAGGACACGGCCCGCGUGCGCUUGGAGGUGUCCGCCGACGAGGCGCCCACUGGGGACGACCCGCCCACCUUCCUACGACGGCUACAGGACCUCACCGUCAAGGUCGGCACGCGCACCCGGUUCCUGGUUGAGAUCGUCAGCUCCACUGAAUGCAAGGUAAUAUGGUACCGCAACGAGCGCCGGCUGAUGGAAGCGGAGAGGGUGUCGCUUGUGCGCGACGGAACGUUCUGGUGCGCCGACAUCGCGGCUGUCAGCGUGGACGACACCGGCCGGUGGACGUGCACCGCAGAGAACGCCGGCGGCCGCGCCAGCUGCUCCGCGCAUCUCAACGUGCUGGUACCCAAAGCCUACAAGAGGCCGGAGUUCGUGGAAGAGCUGCGAGCCUUGCUGACGGAGCAGGGAACCGUGUCUCUGGAGUGCAAGGUGGUGGGCGUCCCCACCCCUGUGCUGCGCUGGUUCAAGGAUAGCCGAGAGAUCAAAGCUGGUGACGUGUUCGCGCUGACAGCCAACGCGGAGGACCCGACCUCCCUGGGCACAUACACCUGCGAGGCCGUCAACUGCAUGGGCCGCGCCUACUCCUCAUCCAAGGUCCACGUCGUAGGCCGCAGCAGGGAGGGGUCAGCCAGACCUAUAUCCAGUGGCGUGACACCCGAAUCCCCGCCGAUCUUCACCAAAGAGCUGGAGGAUAAGUUCGUGCGUAUCUGCGAGCAUCUGACGCUGGCCUGCCACAUCGUGGUGCCGCCGUGGCCGCGGAGCGUCGUCUGGUACAACAAGGAAGGGAAGGUCGAGCCUGGGGAGAGAUACCACGUGGUGGAAGACGGGGUCGGGGGCUAUUUGCUGGAGGUGCCUUCCGCGGAGUGGCCCGACGAGGGCGAGUGGAAAUGCGUGGCCACCAGCUCAGGGGGCCGCGUCGGCAUCUCCUCCUGCUACGUCAGCAUGGAUGUGCCAAAGAACUAUCGCAAGCCUCGCUUCAUGGAGAACCUGCAAGCGGUGCUGACAGAAGAAGGUCUCGUGUCCUUCGAAUGCAAAGUCGUCGGCUUCCCCACCCCAGUGCUGAGCUGGUUCAAAGACGGCCAGGAACUCAAGCCUGGCGACGUAUACCAGCUCACCGGCACCAACUCCUUGGGUUCCUACUGCUGUAUAGCCAGAAACUGCAUGGGGCAGGCCAGCAGUUCAGCAGAACUGACGGUGGAAGAUAUACAGAACCAGCUCAACGAAGAGGAGAAGGCUCACCUCUUCUCAAAGAACCAAGCGCCAAAGUUCAUACAAGGGUUGAAGAGCGUUGAAGCGAAGAUCGAUGAACCAUUCCGUUUUACAAUUAAAGUCGCUAUUCCGCCUGAGCCAUCAGUACAAUGGUACCGCGAUGAGCAGCCCGUAGACGACUCUGCGCGCUGCCACCUCGGCAAGGAGGACCGUGGAGGGUUCUACCUCGACAUCCAGAGCCUGGAGUUCCUCGACCAGGCCGAGUGGAAGUGCGUCGCCAUGAACGACUAUGGCCACAGCGUCACGUCGUGUUUCCUAAAACUUAUAAUUCCUAGGCAUUACAAGAAACCUAGGUUCCUGGAGAACCUACAAGCAAUACUCUCAGAAGAAGGCGCCGUCAAUCUAGAAUGCAAAGUUAUUGGAGUACCACAACCAGUGCUCAAAUGGUACAAAGAUGGAGAGGAGCUGAAGCCCGGUGAUAUUCACCGAAUAAUAUCGGGACAAGAUGGCACGUGCUGUCUCGGAACAUAUACUUGUGAAGCUCAAAACUGCAUGGGAAUAGCAGCAAGUUCUGCCUCCCUCCUUGGUUUUGAUGAUUCAAUGAAAGCUAAGACUAAGAAGAAAGCAGAAGAACAAGCCUUACAAAGAAACUUGUCUUUAAGCACAAUUCACGAAGAGCGGACAUCGCAAAUGUAUGACACUCCUGUCGGGGAUAUCACUCUUGACGACAAGGGAGAGAUUUCCUUUAGCUUUGAUGGCAAAGAAGUUUCAGUGUCCUUAUACGAAACACCAGAUUUGACAGAAGAGGAGGCAUUGCAGAUAGUUGAAAUGUAUGCAGAUCAACUAUCUGAAAAUGUAACUGAACAUAAUGUUGUUGAACUGCCACCACUUAGGUUUGUUAAAGAAACUUCUACAUCAGGAAACUUGUUAAUGGAAGCUAUCAUCAUUGACGUUUCCCCAGAAUACUUUGCAUCACCUGAAGAAGAUCUAAGAACGGAAGCAGACGUAGAAGAUAUUUCUAUCGCUGAUGAGAUGGGCCCGCCUCAACUUUCACUUGACCAAGAUGUUGGAGGUGAAGACUAUCUAGAAAAAACAAUGGCAUUAUUAUCAGAUGAAAAGGCAGACAUGCCUAAAAAGGUAGCUAGAAAGAAGUCUGAUUCACAAAGAAGUGUUGAUGACUUUUACAGUUUGUCCCUUGACCCAUCUCUCUCAGAAGACAAAAGAGAUGAUGAUACCCAAAAUAUAUCUGAAAGUUUUGCCAGCGCAAAGAGCCUGGGAAAACCUAAGUCGAAAUCAUCCAAACCGUCUCUCGAAGAUGGUCAGGAGUCCUCUGAUGUUACGAAAACCAUCUUAUUUAAAGAUGAAGUUCAAAAACAGGCUGAACAACAGCAGACUGCUAUGGAAACUCCUAUUAUGAAACCAAAACGGGAACGCCGAAGUAGUCGUAGCUCAAGACGAUCAAGUUCUGGGAGUGAAAAAUCCUUCAAUAAGUCAAAAGAAGAACCAAUUAAAACACAAACCUCCUUGGAAUUGGCUGAACCAAUUAAAACAGAGACUGUUGUGGAAAAAACACCCAUCACUGAUGAAGAAUUCAAAACAAAGAUGACUAACAUAAGCACCUCACUUUCGAAGGUUAUAAACGACGUGCAAAUAAUUGAAAGAGAUAUUAUUCUGAAAUCUGAGCUAAUGUCGUCUGCUGCUACGGCAUCCAGAAGUUUGGAAAUCAUAAGUAGUUUGAUAAAACCUUUAUCAGAAAUUCAUAGUAUAGCAGAUGCAGCAAAAGAAUCCGCUCUUGAAUCUAGGGAAGUUAGCAGCACGCUAUUUAGCAAUCUACUUCAACCAAUGAAAGUCCUUCAACAGUCUCUAACUAUAAUAGAAAAAUGUAUAGACGUGGAAAGUGACAACAAGACACUUGUUAAGAAAACCGGCGUUGCAUUUAUUGAAACUUGUGGCGAAGAAGUUAAAAACUUCACAAAUGAAAUUACAUCUAUAAUUGAUAAAGCUUACUUGACUACUGAUCAGAGGUCGUUAUCUGAAAUCAAUUCUUUGAUUAGCGACGUACAUAAUGUGAUAAAAUUCUCGAGUGAUACUAUAAAGGCAAGAAACCUUCUUAACGAAGCAAGUGAAAUCAAAGCUGAGGAAGCCACAAUUGAAACAAAGCAUUUAAGGGAUACGCAAAAAGCGAUCUUUGAACUGAAAAGCCCGCUCAAUUCUUUGUUGAGCAUAGUAGAUACUGCAGAAAGUGGUAAAGUGACUGAUGCUACUAAGGUAACUAGUUGCGAAGUUAUAUUAAAUGACAUGUCAGCUUCAAUCCAGGACCUUCAAGCAGCUUUAGAACAGAUCGAGUCAUUAUCUGUAAAGGAAUCUACAACGUCGCUACACAAGUACAACACGGAAAUAAUUGAAACUGUGAUGGAUUCUGUCUUAAAGCUAAGAAGUUCGUUUGAACAAUUACCGACUGAAACGAAAAAUGAAGAAGAUGAUCAACUGUUAAAGCAAGCGCUGACUUCAAUUAGAAGUAAUCUUAGCGAAAUAUCCUCACAGAUAAAAACAAUUGAAAAGAGCGUAGGUUCAUUUGAUAUCUUACAGAGUGAUAAUAAAUUGGAAGUUCUUCAAAAGAUGGCUCAAAUUUUAAUUCUACUAGAAAAUAGCCUACCACGUUUAGAACCAAUGCCUGAGGUUAAAACUCACAUGGCUAUUUUCCACAAAAAUUUAACUCGAGUCUUAGAAAAUGUAAUUGAAAGUAAUGAAGCACCAAAAUACUUUACGUUGAUGGAAAUAUGUGACGCCGUUAACCGAUUAAAUACAUCUAUACAAAAUAUAGAUUCUGAUAAUGUUCUAUCUUUGGCAAGUCUCAACAAUACGCUACGAAUUAUUCAAGAUACUUUUAUUAAAAACAUUUUCGAUUCAGAAUUGAACUGUUCAGUGCUUACUAAUAUAACAGACGCACUACUAAGCAUACAAGAAGCCCUCAAUCAUGCUGAAGAAAUCAGUUUACGAUUAGAAUCUGAACGUGUUCAGGAUAUUGCAUCGCCAGUUUACGACUACAAUAAAGCUAAUGUUGUAGUUGAACAUAUCGAUCAUACAAUAGCUAUCAUUAAUUCAGUCAAAUCAAUGGAAACUACAAAAGAACUGAAAAAAAGUCUUACACCGAUUUUGGAAAACAUUUGUCCCGUUUUAGAAGAACUCAAACGGAAUAUUGCAUCAGCAAAACCAUCGGACGUACUUGACGAAGAACACAUUUCUGAAAUGUCAGAUGUCUCAUUUGUUAAGACUUUGGCUACCCCUCUUUUGGAACUAAAUAACAAUCUAUUAGUUUUAAAUCAAGUGAUCGUCGACAAUAUAGAAAGUUUGAAAGAAAACGUUGUGGUCAUGUCCGCUAUGGCUGAACCACUUCACGAGCUGCACACUACUCUUCAAAUAUUACAACAAGAUGUUAUCUCUCAGUAUGGUGAAGAUGUAGCUCCUUAUGACGUCAGCGUAAACAUUGCAAGUGCUGUACAAAACUUGCAAAGUUGUAUGGUAAUGAUUCAAGAACAGCCUGGCGUAGAGGGCGUAGAUGAUAUGUCAACGUUGGAGGAUAUAUCUGGAAUUAAAACAACAGCUGACAACAUUCCUUCUGAUCGAUUGGUGCUACCGACAGCAGAUGAAAUAGCUGUGGGGCAUUCUGUUGCAUUUUUGGAACAAGAAAUUGCGCCCUCGGCAACAGCGCAAGCCCUUCAGACAUUAAACGAACACAUAACUACUCUCCAAAAUCCUGAAGUUAUUGAUGCCCUGGAUACUCUAUCAGAAGUCAGCGAUUAUUCUAGCCUCAAGUCUGUAGCUUUAGGUUUAGGUGAACUCCAUACUGGCAUUGAAGAAAUUCUCCAUCCAUUUGUAAUGGAGAAUUCCAGUGACAUAGGCAAUCUUAUCAACGUUUCUAAGCUAGCUGCUAUUGCAGAACCAAUGCAAGAACUUCAGCAAAGUUUGUCAGUUUUAGAUACAAGUAACAUUCCAAUAUACGAACACAUUCUAGAAAUAUCUACAGAGAAAAUACAUUCUGUACUUCAAAGUAUAACAGAUUUUAAGCAAUAUUUAGGUAAAUGUAUUGAAGCUUUAUUCCCAGCUAUGGAAACUGCUGAUAAAACUAUUGAAAUAUCCAAUAAACUAGAGGCAUUAAGACAGGUUUGUGAAAACCUAAAAGGUAUUAUUGAAACCACAAAAGCAAUGUCAACUGAAGUCCCCGUGAAACAGGAAGUUAUAACUUUAGAAAAAACAGUUGAUAAUUUGCUAAAUGCUACAGAUGUAUCGAAAGGUAUUCAAAUUCAGCAAGUCAAAAUCAUAACUGAAGAAUUAUUUGAAAAGGUGAUAUCUGUGCAAGAAGAACUAUUACAAUUUACACCACAUACCCCUGAGAAGUUAGCAGAAGAAGCAAAACUUAUUCAAGCUAUUGAUGAAAUUGAGAAUAAUAUUGCUGUAUUAGAGCAGUAUGAUUUUGUAGAUUUAUCACGAGCUUCUGAACUUACUUCUUGUGCAACAUCAACUCUCGCAGUUGAAUUAGAAUCUGAACCUCUUGUGCAAAUGGAUGACAUUUUACAAAAUGCUGUAAAUGUCUUACAAGAUUCAGCUAAAGAAACACCUCUUGCCGAUUUGAUGAUUCUUGAAGACUUUUUCAAGACAUGCAAAAGUGAAUUUACUAUAAUAAGACUAAUAAUUUCAAAGCCUUUGAGUCAUAAAAAAGUCAUUAGACUUAUUCAAGAAUUUACUUUUCUUCAAAACAUUAUAAAAGAUUUUAAAUUGAAGCGCUCUGACCUUCAACUUUCUGAUGACAUUGAUGGGUAUUUGAAAAUAUUUUUCCUGGAAGCAGAUGGAAAUUUAAAAACCAUACAGGAAUCAUUAUUAAAACUAGUUGCUACUCAGUCUGAUGUUCUUUUCAGUGCUCCAAAAUCAACACUUUAUAGUGCUAGUGACAAUCUAGCUCAACUGGCAACAGUAAAUGACAACUUUAAGGAAGUUGUAUCUAAGUUUAUUAAUAUUAUUGAAAAAGUCAAACCUGUAUUAGAAAACAUUGAAGCUGAUAUAACCGAAGAAUUGAAAUUCCCUACUGUGCGAAUGUCAAAGGCAGAAAAUGCUUUAAUAGGUGAAAAUCUUGAAGACGUUCUUAAGUAUAUUGAAGAUCAGGAAGCCUCAACGUCUAUGGAUACACAAUCUAAAGAGAUAUUAUUGAAAUUGGCUACUUGUCUACAUAAGCAUCAAGAUUAUAAAGAUGCAACUGGGACUGGUAGAAAUUUGAUUAUCUUGAAGUGUCUUUCUGAAUGUGUGCAGAUCUUACAGGAGAGCCACACCGAAAAAUCAAAGACAGAAAAAGUCAAAGUUAAAUUAGAAGAUAGUGCCCUAAAAGCCGUGUUGACUGAAAUGUUGGAACCACUUCAUGCUUUACACAGUCAACUAGUGAAUAUUCAAGAACAAGUUACAUCGGGCGUUGAAGAGAAAUCAGUGUCUGUUGAUAUCACAACCACGGAAUCAAUGAUAGAAGCUGUGUCCGAAAUCCAUAGAGAAAUCGUUCAGCAAAUUGAAUCGGCUAAAUUAACUGUAGAUAAUGAAGACAUAUCACUAAUCAUGGAGGCUGACAAAGAAAUCCAUGCUAUACAAGAUAGUUUUAAGUCUUUGGAGAAUAUACCUGCCGUACAAGAAUUGAAAGAAUUAUCUAAACCUAUCGAAGAAGUGGAAAAAUCACUGCAUAGCAUUAUUUCUGCGGAUUUAGUUGAAGUGACAAGUGUAGAGAAGUUACCAAAAGAUAAGGCUGUAGACUUAUUACAUCACAUCGAUCAAUACAUAGAAUUGAUUGAAAUCGUUGAAGAAAUAAGUGCAGUAAUAAAGAUUGACGAAUUACAAGAGUCUGUUCAUAUUGCUCGAGAACUCCGUGAUAGUAUUGCUAUAGCUGAAUCAGAGGUAUCAAUACAAGACCAAGAAUUAAGGAUACAAGAAAAACACGCAGAAUUGGCCCACAAGUUACAAAAUGCUAUUUCUGCGUUACAUGUGCAAGUUUUCGAUAGCACCCAAGAUUUGGCUACGGAGUUGAAUCCUGAAAUAUUAAAACGUUUCGUUAAGAUUACUGCACAACUACAAGAUGAGUUAGCUGCUGUUACUGGCGUCCAGAUAGCCAUAAUUGCACCCAUAGCUCUAAUUUCUGAAGACAUGAAAGUAAAAUCUUUUGACAUUGUUACUGCUGAGAGCACUGCGGUAGCAGAAACCGUUAAACCAAUUGUUUUAGAACAGUCAAGUGAUUUAGAAAGUGAAAAGGUUAGAGCAGAAUCAGCUUCUCAAGGUAUUGUUGAAGCCAAAGAAGUUUUAUUCGUUGACGAUAAAAAACCGAUUCAGGACACAGUCAUGCCUGCUGCUGCAGUUAGUGAAACUAGUGAGUCUGCUACAGUAAAAGAAGUUGACUCACAGCAAGAUGUGGUAACUGAUGAAUCAAAGGCUGGUAAAAUAGGCACACUCAAACAAAGCAUAGAACAGCUAAUAAGCUCAGAAGUAACAGAAACAUUACACAAAUUAAGCACUGUAAUAAACACAGAAGAACUAAAACAGACAGUGAAAAUUGCUAAAGAACUACUUGAAAAUAUCGCAUCUAUCAAAAAAAUUACUGAAGAAAAUAUUGGUAGCGCUGAUUUGGUGACAGAAGAAGCAAAACAGGGAGAAUUAGUGCAACAGCUGCAAAGUGCUUUGCAAACAGUCCAAGAAAACAUAUUUGACAACUAUCAAAAACUGGAGGCAGUUUGCGACACAAGUAAAUUGCAACAAAUUGCUGACAUUACUGACAAUUUACAAAGCAACCUAGCCGUCGUAAGCACGGUGUCACAAGAAGUCCAAGAAAGUAAAAUGAUUGCAACCGUAGCAACUGAUGAAUCAAAGAAAACAAUAUCCGAAGAUGCGACCAGUAAGACAGCCAGGCCAGAUGAAUCAAAGGCUGAUAAAUUAGACACUCUCAAGCAAAGCAUAGAACAGUUGAUAAGCCCUGAUAUGACUGAAACGUUGGGCAACUUAGCUACCGUAAUAAACACCGAAGAACUAAAACAGACAGUGAAUAUCGCUAAAGAACUACGUGAGAAUAUCGCAUCCAUCGAAAAAAUUACUGAAGAAAAUGUUGGUAGCGCUGACCUGGCGACAGAAGAAGCAAAACAGGGAGAAUUAGUGCAACAGCUGCAAAGUGCUUUGCAAACAGUCCAAGAAAACAUAUUUGACAACUAUCAAAAACUGGAGGCAGUUUGCGACACAAGUAAAUUGCAACAAAUUGCUGAUAUUACUGACAAUUUACAAAACAACCUAGCCGUCGUAAGCAUGGUGUCACAAGAAGUCCAAGAAAGUAAAAUGAUUGCAACCGUAGCAACUGAUGAAUCAAAGAAAAAAAUAUCCGAAGAUGCGACCAGUAAGACAGCCAGGCCAGAUGAAUCAAAGGCUGAUAAAUUAGACACUCUCAAGCAAAGCAUAGAACAGUUGAUAAGCCCUGAUAUGACUGAAACGUUGGGCAACUUAGCUACCGUAAUAAACACCGAAGAACUAAAACAGACAGUGAAUAUCGCUAAAGAACUACGUGAAAAUAUCGCUUCCAUCGAAAAGAUUACCGAAGAAAAUAUCGGAAGCGCUGACUUGGUUACAGAAGAAGCAAAACAGGGAGAAUUGGUGCUGCAGCUGCAAAGUGCUUUGCAAACAGUUCAAGAAAAGAUAUUUGACAACUAUCAACAACUAGAGGCAGUUUGCGACACAUGUAAAUUGCAGCAAGUUGCUGACGUUACUGUCAACUUACAAACCAACUUAGCUGUCGUUAGCACGGUGUCACAAGAAGUUCAAGAUAGUAAAGUUACUGUGGCAACAGAUGAAUCAAAGGAAAAAAUAUCCGAAGAUGCGACCACUGAGACAGCCAGACAAGAUGAAUCAAAGGCUAAUAUUAUAGUUGACACUCUCAAGCAAAGUAUAGAACAGCUAAUAAGCACUGAUUUAAGUGAAAUGUUGGACAACUUAGCUACUGUAAUAAGCAGAGAAGAUCUAAAACAGACAGUGAAUAUUGCCAAAGAACUACGUGAAAAUAUCGCUUCCAUCGAAAAGAUUACCGAAGAAAAUAUCGGAAGCGCUGACUUGGUGACAGAAGAAGCAAAACAGGGAGAAUUAGUGCAACAGCUGCUAAGUGCUUUGCAAACAGUCCAAGAAAACAUAUUUGACAACUAUCAACAACUGGAGGCAGUUUGCGACACAAGUAAAUUGCAACAAGUUGCUGACAUUACUGACAAUUUACAAAACAACCUAGCCGUCGUAUGCACGGUGUCACAAAAAGUCCAAGAAAGUAAAAACAUUCCAAGCGUAGCAACUGAUGAAUCAAAGAAAAAAAUAACCGAAGAUGCAAUCAGUAAGACAGCCAGGCCAGAUGAAUCAAAGGCUGAUAAAUUAGACACUCUCAAGCAAAGCAUAGAACAGUUGAUAAGCCCUGAUAUGACUGAAACGUUGGGCAACUUAGCUCCCGUAAUAAACACACAAGAACUAAAACAGACAGUGAAUAUCGCUAAAGAACUACGUGAAAAUAUCGCUUCCAUCGAAAAGAUAACCGAAGAAAGUACCGGAAGCGCUGACCUGGUGAUAGAAGAAGCAAAACAGGGAGAAUUGGUGCUGCAGCUGCAAAGUGCUUUGCAAACAGUUCAAGAAAAGAUAUUUGACAACUAUCAACAACUAGAGGCGGUUUGCGACACAAGUAAAUUGCAGCAAGUUGCUGACGUUACUGUCAACUUACAAACCAACUUAGCUGUCGUUAGCACGGUGUCACAAGAAGUUCAAGAUAGUAAAGUUACUGUGGCAACAGAUGAAUCAAAGGAAAAAAUAUCCGAAGAUGCGACCACUGAGACAGCCAGACAAGAUGAAGCAAAGGCUAAUAUUAUAGUUGACACUCUCAAGCAAAGUAUAGAACAGCUAAUAAGCACUGAUUUAAGUGAAACGUUGGACAACUUAGCUACUGUAAUAAGCACAGAAGAUCUAAAACAGACAGUGAAUAUUGCCAAAGAACUACGUGAAAAUAUUGCAUCCAUCGAAAAGAUUACCGAAGAAAAUAUCGGAAGCGCUGACUUGGUGACAGAAGAAGCAAAACAGGCAGAACUGGUGCAGCAGCUGCAAAAUGCUUUGCAAACAGUUCAAGAAAAGAUAUUUGAGAACUUUCAAAAGCUGGAGGCAGUUUGCGACACAAAUAAAUUGCAGCAAGUUGCUGACGUUACUGUCAACUUACAAACCAACUUAGCUGUCGUUAGCACGGCGUCACAAGAAGUUCAAGAAGGUGAAAUUUCUGUUACUGCAGCAAAAUCAAGUUUAUCAGUAACUGAACACCCUGCAAUACAAACAGCAGAAACGGUUACUUCAGAAGAAACAAAACUAUUGAAAACCGAUGAAAGUAGUACAGAACAAGCAAUUACAUCCUCUGUUGAAUCCGAAAAUAUUGCUAAGGGUAAUUCGUCUGAAAUAUUUUUACAAACAGUAGCCGACGAAACUAUUUCAUCAGAAUCAGCAGUUGGAGUAAUUGGCACAGUAAUUGAAAAAGAGCACGUAGCAAUCAGCGAAGAAACGAAACCAAUCGCUUUGGAAAGUGUUACUAUUACAGAUAGUGUGACCGAUGGGGUACAAGCUACAGAAACUACUGAGGCUGAUCAAGAAAAACCGAAACUAGAAACACUAUUACAUAACAUCGAGACUUUUAUAUCCGGUGAUAUAUCACAAAUCGUCAGUGACUUAUCGGAUUGUGUUCACUUAGACGAGUUAAGGCAAUCGCUACGUGCAGCAAACGAAUUAAGAGAAAAUAUUGCAGCAUUACAAGUUAUCGUAGAUAAAGAAGAAAAUGUUAGUUUAGACGAAACACAAAAAGAAAUGCGUUUACAUCAAGCCAAUUUAGUGCAAAAACUACAAAAUUCUCUGAAUGUAUUACAGACUCAAUUACAAGACAACGAACUUGAGUUAUUGCCUAUUUUACAAGAACAUAACAUGCAAAAAGUGAAAGAAAUAGUUGCAGAGUUAGGUGGUAGUUUAUGUAUGUUAGUUACUACACAACCUGUGGUGGUUCAACAAGCACCAACUUCUGAAAGGCAGCAGCAGAUUCAAGAUGAAACAAAGUCAGUAGAUUCAGAAUGCACACUAGGAAAAGACAUGACUUUGGAUGAAGUAACUUCUCCUAUUCAACAAGAAAUAUCAACGAAUGAUACAGUUGAUAUUCUCCAAAAAGAAGUUAAUAAGGUAACCGAGCCUUUAGUGCAGGAAAUCUGUAAGCCUGGAGAAGAAAUAAAACCAGUUGAAAAACAAUCUUUGUGUGAACUAACUAAAUUAAAAAAUGUUGUCGAGGAGACUGUUGCUGCCAAGGAACUCUUAGUUGAUACUGAAAUGAAUCAAAACCAAAUUGUCGUGCAGGAAACUGUAACAUUAAAAACGCCAACGGAUGUUGAGAAUUCACUAGUCAACAUAGUGCAGCAAGAAAAUAUGGCAGCUGAAAUUCUUGUGGAAUCUGAAGUUACUGUACCGAAAUCAAAUGAUGAAUUAAAAUCAUCACUCUGUGUUGAAAAACUAGACACUGAGACGGUUACUAAACAGUUACCAGAGUUAGAUAAAGGUGAAGAUCUCAAAGAGUCUAGAAUUAUAGAACAGAUUAAUGUUAUAGCACAAGCACUAUCUGAACAAGAACCACAAGUUACACUUGAUGAUGUCAUAGUAACAGCUGAAAUAAACGAACCUAUCACAGUUGAGCAUCCAUUACCUCUUGAAGAAGCAAUACCUAAAGAAAAUGCUGAUGAAGGAGAAAAUGAAAGUAAGUCGAUGUCAAAAGAAUCUCAAAAAUCAGAUGUUAGUGUUGAAAUUAUGGGAGAAGUUACAGUUACAGAGGAAGUUUCUGCAUUAGAAACAGUUCAAACCAACAUGCCAAUGGAACUGCAAGAACAAAAGAUUGAUGUGAGUAUAGUGCAACAAAAUGUUAUGGAAGUUACUCAGCCAAUGAUCUUGGAAGAAACUGGUGAAAGUAUUGCUCAGGAUUUACUAAAAGAAGAUAUGAAUACGAUUGAUACGAUUACACCUAUCACAGGAGAGAUAACACAAGUUACGGAAUCAGUUACCAUUAGUUCAGGAUCUGUGAUAAAACCGAUUGAAGAAUUAAAACAAGCGGACCUCUUAGAACAAACAAUAGAAAAGGCUACAUCAAGUGCUUCCGAGGUUGAAAUUAUUAGUAAUGUAGUAGAUGAAUCUAAAGUACAACUGAGCACCCAAGAGGGUAUUAAUGUUGCUGUUACUAGUGAAGUUAGUAAGGAUGCAGGGCUCAUAAUUUCUGAGCCGACCAAUGAAGAAGUAAAAUCAUUUUCAAUGAGUGAGAUUCAGGAUGUUGCUGUCACAUCUGAGCAAAAUAUAGCGGAUAUGGCGUCACUUGAAUCUAUCGAUGACUUAAUUACCACAACCGUUGAUCAAGCAACUAUGAAUGUAGAGAUUUCACAAGCUGUAAUAGUAAAUGAACCUAUUGCUACACAGCUAACAUCCGAUACUGAAACUUGUGAAGAUCAAGUAAAAUAUAUUAUUGUUCAGUCUCUUCAAGAAGAUCCUACAAAUAAAGCUGAGAUUGUUUUGCAAAGUGUCGAAACAAAGGAAUCUACUCUUGUCGAUAAAUUUGACUUACCUCAAGAGAUUGCCGAAGAAACAUUUAUUACAACGGUGCCUCAAAUAUGUCAAGCGGGCUUGGAAUUAAAAGAACCAUUUGAAACCAGUGAAGUAGUAGCCAUUGAGCUGUGUGAGGCUACUAAUGGUGUUCAACUGCCAAUGACUGAAGCUAAAAUUUCGCUAGAAGAAGCUGACUACAUGGAAAAACCAUUAAUUGAAAAAAUUGCAACGGUAAAGAAUAUUGAACAGGAAAGUCUAACUGUAACAGAAGGAACUAAUUCAGAUGCAAUAGAGUCAAAAAUAAUAGAAACCGAGCUAGUUAAAUCGGAUUUAGAAACUACAAAAUCAGAGCAAGUCGAAACUAUGGAACCUUCACUUUCCCUUGGACCAACUAAGCAAGAUUCUAUAGAAAAGGUACAAAUUGUAAGUGAAGCUGUCAAAGAAGGACAACCCACUGAAACUGAAAGCUCUGUCAUAACUGUUAAAGAAAUUAUCAAACCUAUUGAAGUCACCCAAUCUGUCGCAACCACCCAACCUGCAGAAAUUAUGGAAACCAUACAAGACCAAAAAAUCGCCCAAAGUCAACUUGAUUUAUCAGGCGUCGAUAAACCGAUAGAGACGACAGAAGAAAUGCAAAAUUUGCAAGAAGUUGUCGCAGUUGAAAACACUCUUCAACAGGCUACUGAAUCCACGUUGGAUACAAUUCAAAUGUCCGAGUCAAUUGAACCAACAGAUACAAAAAUGGGCUUUGAAGAAUCUGUAACUGAAAGUAAACAAGAAGCUUUAGAAGUUCAUGAAGCUAAAGUAUUUCAAUCUGAAGUCUUGCAAGAUUCAUCUUUGUCCAAAACUAGCAGUGCUCCAGUAGACAUCGUCAAGAUGCCGCUUGAAAAUCUUGUACAAAAUAUCAAACAGUACACAGUUGCACACACAUCAAAGGUUAUUACUGAGAUUUCAACAAUAGCUCGAAACGACACGUAUACCAAUUCAUUGUCAACUGCAAACUUACUUCUUGAAAGAAUCGAGGAGUUAAAAACGAAAACUUUAAGCCCUGAUAAAAUGUUAAACAUUGUAUGCACAGAACAUGUUAAGUUGAUUUCAUACUUAAAGGAUACAUUACCAAGCUUGAUUCUACAUUUCAAAGAAAACAGAGAACAUCUUAGAGAAUGUUUUGACGAGAAUACACUGGAUUCUAUUGCAGAAGUUUCUCAACGUUUAUUGCAUUGUCUUAUAAACAUAGACACGGCUGGCCAAAUUGAGGUAAUAGUGGCUGAUACAAAUGAUGCCUUAAUUGAUAUUCUAGAUCUUGACAUCUCAAAACAAAAACAAAAUGAAACGAUGAGCGUAGUAGAACCAAAAUUACCUUCUACCACUAGUGCAAAAGAACCUUCACCUCCAAACAAACAAGAUGAAUUGUUAGAUCAAACAAUCGAAAGAAAAGGUGAUGACACUGCCCUUGAGUUCGAUGUUAUAAGUAAAGUUUUAGAUGACGAUGAAGUCAAAGUUACGGGAGAUGCUGUGAGCGAUGCAAUUCGUGAUGGACAAACAACAUUAUCAAAUGAAAACAUACUUCGAGAUAUAUUUGACCAAGUUUUAAAAUACAUUGAAGAUUAUACUUUUUGUGUAAAAGAAGCAAAAGAGUUAUUACAUGGAGAUAUCACUGAAACUAUGAAUAAUGCAACAGAGUUGAGUAAGGAAAUUGUAAAACUUGAUAAGUGCGAAAACCCACAACUAAGCUACACACACAUACACCAAAGUGCUGCCACACUAAACGAUAUGCUUACUCACUUAAUAGCGGACACAGAACAUUGUUUGAAAGAUGUGAAAACCGCAGAAGUUUCAACUGAACUCAUAUCAUCUUUGAACACUGCAAGGAAUUUACAAAGUGUGUUGUCUUCUUUGGAUGAAAUUUUAAAAAAUAAAAUGUUGGAAGAUAGACCAAAGACCAAAAGAAUCAUGUUUCAAGAUUCGAUUUCUGAAGAGCGAGAUAGCUCACUUGAAGAUGUUAUUCAAGUUGCUACAGAAGUGAUUGAUGAUAUAGUCACAGAGUCCGUAGAAAUUGUGUCCGAGAUGAUUCACAGAGAUUCUCUUUCCAGCGAUAUAACUUCUUCAUCGGAAAGUAAAAAAGAUAAGAGGAAGAUAAAGUUGAUGGACCCCAAUUUAAGUGAUGUCAAAAUUAAUCCUCCGGUAGAAAUAAUUCUAACUGCCACUGAGUUUUUAAAUGAUUUAAUUAAGCUAGCAGAGCUAAACUGCAUGGAAAUAUUGCAAGCUAGCUCGUCGAUUGAAGACUUUGAAUCUGAAAUAAUAUCAGCACCUAUUAUAGAAACUGAGACUGAAUUACCUUCAGCCAUUGAUACUCAAAGUCAUGAUGAGAUUAUAAACCAAAAUAUAGUUGAUAAAAAUUCAUUGAGUGUUGAAGACAAUCAACAUUCUUUCAAAGACAUAAAAAUAGAAAGUCAAAGUAGUAAACUACAAGAUACAAAUACGGAAAACAUGACGCAAGUAGGCCUACAUCACUAUGAUCAAUUUGGGGCUGAUGCUGAAGAGAUUUCUGAUAAAAAUAAAGAAAUUUCACAUCUAUCAGGUGAUCUCCUUCAGCAUAUUGAAGGAUUUAUUUCCGAAGAUGUAGUGGAAGCAAUAGAAGAAUUGGCACAGGUUGCUGAUGUCACAGUAUUAAAAAGUUCAAUGGAAAUGGCUAAGGAAUUGCUCGAAAGCAUUGCAAGCAUAAGUCAAACAGAUAGUUCAGAAGAAACUAUUUCCAUACCAAAAGAAACUCAAAUGCAACAGGCUCAACUAAAAGAAAAAUUAAAUGAAGCCUUGUUAACUCUACAAACCAAAGUAAUGGAUACCACACAAGACAUUACCGCAGUCCUACCGGUUGAGAAACUUGAGCGAAUAUCUGAAGCAGUUACACAUUUACAGGAGAGCUUAGUGGCCGCUACCGUUUCUGAAACUAUCUUAACGCAAGAAACAGAAGUCACCAAAUCCACGAAAGAGGAUUCAAUGAAACAACUUGAGUGCCUGUUGCAAGAGGUGACAGACAAAAUUGAUCUCUCAUCAACCGACAGAGUUCCAGAGGACACUGAAGUGCUCAGAGACAGCUUGGACGAAGUACAAACUGUCAUUAUCAAACUCAAACGAGACUUUGAUGGAGCAAACGACACUCUCAAUGAAACUCUUGAAGAUUUAGAGUGCAGUGUGAGGAGUGUCCAAUUACAAAUAAAUGAAGAUAGUCCUCCAGAGUUACUCAAAGAAGCUUGCGCUACUUUGCAGCUGUUGGUAAAUAACAUGAGUGAAACGAAUGAAACUUCUGUAUCAGAAACUGUGAACAAAGAAAUCAACCUUAAAGACACACUGGAUAAAUGCUCGGAAGAGACUAGUGAGACUGUGAAGUUAUUGGAAAAAGCUUCCAAAGUGGAUACACAAGGCCAAAGAAAAUUGAUCGAUAUUGUAGCGAGCUUAAGUAAUCUAACUCAAACUAUGAAAUCUCUUAAAUCUGGCUUUAUUGGGAAUGCUGAUACUGUAAUAGAAAAGGGUAUUGAUAUUAUGCAGAAUCUUGACCAGAUAGAAGAGAAAGUGUUUUCAAUUGAAAAGGAAUUAGAUUUAGCAGAGGCUUUAUCACCGACAAUUAAAGAUUCUAUUGUCACGGCAGUGCAUUCAGUCUAUGGUAGUAUAUCGAAUAUGCGCAGUACAGUAUCAAGCACACAGAAACAAUUUAUGUUUGAGAACUAUGGCAACCCCUCUGAAAGCCUCCUUCGCUCCAUGAAAAAUGUUAAUUCCUUAUCCAAAAUGUCUGAAGAUGAAGCAGAAUUGGCCAAAUUGAAAAAGUUUUCGAAAUCCUUACGGAGCGUUUUGAAUCACUUUGAAGAUAUUAAGUUUUAUAUUAACCUUGAUAAAACUGCACGACUGCCAAGUGAUGCUGCAUUCACCAAAAUUAUUCUCGACGAUCUUAAAUCAAAUAUUAAAGUUUUAUCCAUGAUUGAGGGUCUUGAUUCUGAAGUUAAAAUAAAAAUGAAUAACACCUUAAAAUGUGUUGAAAGCAAUCUUCAAAACAUCGAAGAGCGUUCUACCCUUGAGGUAAAAGAAAAAAUACCUAUAUUCAAAGAAAUUGCUUCAAGAGUUUUGGAUUUAACGUCAAAUCUUCAAGUUGCUCUACAAAACAGACCAGUAAAAGUAAAAGAAAUUAUUAUACAGCAAGAGACUGAAGAAAAAGAAGAACAUGUUUUAGAAAUCGCCGAGGAUAAAGUGGUCGAAGUACCUGAAAUAGAUGUUGCAAAGAUUGAAGUACAACCUGUAGAAAAAGAAGAAAUAGAAACCUCGUCCGUAGUACCAGUAGAAAAAGCUUUAGAAUUUGCAACUGAUUUAACAGCUCAGAGUGCUACUGAACAGAUAGAAGAAGCUUAUCAGGCUGAAUCUAAAGUGCAAACAGUCCAAACGCUUGAAGAGAUUGGAGUUCCAUCAACAAGUAAGCAAAUUGAAGAAAAAACUAUGAGCAUGGAAAAAUCUGAGGUUGAAAAGAUUGAAGAAAAGUCGGAGCUGGCAACAGAAAUCAAAGAAUCAAUAGCAGAAGUGGCAUUCGUAGAAAAAGAUACUUCUGUGUCAGUUGAUCAACAGGAAGUUGUAAGUAAAGAAGACUUUUCAAGUAAACAUGAACACAUUCCAGAACAAAUUCAACAGUUAGAAGAUAAGAUUUCGGAUACGAAUAAGCAAACAGAAACACAAGAUGGAGUCAAAGAUUCAAAAGCGCAAGACUUAGUAACAGAAAUUACAGUUCCUUCAACUCAAUCUGACGUAGUUAAAGAAGAUCUACAAAUGGAAUCAUCAGAAAUUAAAGACAAAACAGCACAAAGUGAUAAAUCUGAAGUUUCUAAAUCAACUGAUUCUCAAAGAAAGAUUGAACAAGAAGAAGAUUUAAAAGAUGAACAAAUACAGUUGCCGUCUACUUCUUCAAGACAACAAAUAUCUAAGGACAAAGAUGAAAAAAUAAUUGAAGAUCAAAAAGAAACCCAAAACAAAAUUGAAGAAACAUUGGAAAAAACUACUUUAGCUACAGAUGCCUUGCAAACACAAAGUGAGGAACAAAAAGUCAAGGCAACUGAACCAGAACAGGAUGUACCAAAGAGUCAGGCUCAAGAAAAAGACAAUCAAAAGGUGAUUGAAAAGUCUUCAGAAGAUUUUAUCUCACCAAAAGAUGUAGCAGAGGCUGGAAGCUCUAGAGAUGUUCCACAAAUUAAACAUGAAAUAACAGAACAAAUGGUCAAAGAAGAAAUUACUACAAAAGAUGUGGUACAGCUCAAGGAAGAAAAAGAAGUUUUGUCUGAAGAAAAAACAAAACAAAAAGUACAAGAAGAUUCAUUAGAUUCAAAACAUGACAUUGCAGCCAAAGACGAAAGACAAAAAGAUGAAGUUAGUACGGAAGAAAAAGAUACCAAGCCUGGCAAAGAGAAACUAGAUGCCAAAGGAAAGCGUAAAUCAGAGAAGAAGAAGAAAGAAGUAGACACUAGUCUACAAAAAGAAGCUACUGAAACUAAGGAUCUUGAAGAAAAAUCAGCAAUUGUAAAAGAUAAGGAUAUUCAGAAAGAGGAAGAAGUAACCAAAAAGGCAUUAGAAACCAAAGAACAUGAAGAAACGAUGAAAAACCAACAAGUUCUAUCUUCAGACCAAGAACAUUUACAGAAACAAGAUAAUGAUGAAAAACAACAAGAUGUCAAAGAAAAGCAAAAGACAGAAGAAUCUUUAAAAGAACAAGAAGAACUGGCUACAAGUGAACAACAAAACAAACAAGAAUCGCAGGAAAAAGACAAAUUAGAUGCAGAAAGAACGAGAUCAGAAAAAGAAAAAGCAGAGAAGGAAAGAAUAGAACAAGAAAAGGUGGAAGCAGAAAAGAAACGUCUAGAGGAAGAAAAAGAAAAAGAAGCGAAGCUUCAGCAGGAAACAGAAGAAAGGGAUAGGUUAAAACGAGAGAAGGAGGAAGCUGAAAAGAAACGUCUAAAUGAAGAAAAAGAAGCCAAGCUUCAGAAGGAAAAAGAAGAAAAGGAAAGGUUAGAACGAGAGAAGGAGGAAGCAGAAAAGAAACGUCUCGAAGAAGAAAAACAAAAGAAAGAAAAGAAAACGAAGCUUAUAAAAGAAAAAGAAGAAAAGGAAAGGUUAGAACGAGAGAAAGAAGAAGCCGAAAAGAAACGUGUAGAGGAAGAAAAAGAAAAAGAAGUGAAGCUUCAGCAGGAAACAGAAGAAAGGGAAAGGUUAGACCGAGAUAAGGAGAAAGCUGAAAAGAAACGUGUAGAAGAAGAAAAAGAAAAGGAAGCGAAGCUUCAAAAAGAAAAAGAAGAAAAGGAAAGGUUAGAACGCGAAAAGGAGGAAGCUGAAAAGAAACGUGUAGAAGAAAAGAAGUUAGCGGCUGAAAAGAAACGUCUAGAGGAAGAAAAAGAACUGAAGCUUCAGAAGGAAAAAGAAGAGAAAGAAAGAUUAGACCGAGAAAAGAAGGAAGAAGAGGUAAAACGUUUAGAGGAAGAAAAACAAAAGAAAGAAAAGGAAGAGAAAGAAGCUGAAAAGAAACGUCUAGAUGAAGAAAAAGAAAAAGAAGCGAAGCUUCAGCAGGAAACAGUAGAAAGGGAAAGGUUAGAACGCGAAAAGGAGGAAUCUGAAAAGAAACGUGUAGAAGAAGAGAAGUUAGCGGCUGAAAAGAAACGUCUAGAGGAAGAAAAAGAACUGAAGCUUCAGAAGGAAACAGAAGAAAAGGAAAGGUUACAACGAGAGAAGGAAGAAGCUGAAAAGAAACGUGUAGAAGAAGAAAAAGAAAAGGAAGCGAAGCUUCAGAAGGAAAAAGAAGAAAAGGAAAGGUUAGACCGAGAGAAGGAGGAAACAGAAGAGAAACGUGUAGAAGAAGAGAAAGUAAAGGCUGAGGAGAAACGUCUAGAGGCAGAAAAAGAACUGAAGCUUCAGAAGGAAAAGGAAGAGAAAGAAGCUGAAAAGAAACGUCUAGAUGAAGAAAAAGAAAAAAAAGCGAAGCUUCAGAAGGAAAAAGAAGAAACCGAAAGGUUAGAACGAGAGAAAGAACAAGCAGAAAAGAAACGUGUAGAGGAAGAAAAGCAGAAAAAAGAAAAGAAAACGAAACUCAAGAAAGAAAAAGAAGAAAAGGAAAGGUUAGAACGCGAAAAGGAAGAAGCUGAAAAGAAACGUGUAGAAGAAGAGAAAGUAAAGGCUGAGGAGAAACGUCUAGAGGAAGAAAAGCAACUGAAGCUUCGGAAGGAAAAGGAAGAGAAAGAACGAUUAGACCGAGAAAAGAAAGAAGAAGAGGAAAAACGUUUAGAGGAAGAAAAACAAAAGAAGGAAAAAGAAGAGAAAGAAAGGUUACAUCGAGAGAAGGAGGAAGCUGAAAAUAAACGUCUCGAGGAAGAAAAACAAAAGAAAGAAAUGGAAAAGAAGAAAGCUGAAAAGAAACGUGCAGAAGAAGAAAAAGAAAAAGAAAAGAAAACGAAGCUUCAGAAGGAAAAAGAAGAAAAGGAAAGGUUAGAACGAGAGAAAGAAGAAGCCGAAAAUAAACGUGCAGAAGAAGAAAAAGAAAAGGAAGCGAAGCUUCAAAAAGAAAAAAAGGAAAAGGAAAGGUUAGAACGGGAGAAAGAAGAAGCCGAAAAGAAACAUCUCGAGGAAGAAAAACAAAAGAAAGAAAUGGAACUGGAGGAGAAACGUUUAAAGGAUGAAAAAGAAAAACAAGACGCUGAAACAAAACGUAUCGCAAAAGAAAAAGAGGAAGCAUCUCGACUACAAAAAGAGAAAGAACAGGCUGAAAAGCAACAGAAAGAGGAAUCUCUGCGGAAUGAGGAGGAAUCGAUAAAGAAAACUGAGAAGGAAGAAGCCGAGAAACUUCAGAUGGAAGAAGCGAGAAAACGUGCAGAAGAAGAGAAGCGCAAACAAGAUGAACUAGCAAUUCAAAAAGUAAAAGACGAAGCUGAAAAACUGAAAAAAGAAAAGGCUGAAAAGAAACGUUUGAAAAAGCUCAAGGAUGAUAAAGAACGGCCAAAAACAGAGAAGCCAGAGUCUGAGAAGAAGACUGCUGGGGAAAAUCAUGAACAAGGAAUCACAAAACCGGAAGUCACAGAACGUACUGAUGAUGAGACAGCUAAAGUUGGCACUGAAAUUGAAACAAAGAAGAAGAAAAUUAGAAAAGUUGAGUCCGAGGAUUCGGAAAAACAAAAACCUUUACCUAGAGAUGAAAGCUACGAUGAAAAAACGGAUGAUUUGAAAAAGAAAAGUAAGCAAACUGAAGAUGGUACUAUGACGCAACAGGAUAUUUUACAUAAAGAUAAAACUAUUACAGAAAUGAGCGGAAUAAAGUUAGUUGAUGAAAAGUCAUUGAAGAAAGAUUCAUAUCAAGAAGAUUCUUACGGCAAAAAAUUGGGUAAUGACGUCAAAUCUGAUAUAGAUAGAUCAAUCAGGUCACAUCCAAGUGACACUUCUCAACAUUACAUUAAGGAAUAUAAUUAUGAGCCUACAAGUCGUCCAAAGCACGAAGACCGAGAGAAACCUAGAUUCAUAGACCAUAACCAUAGAGAUUAUACAAUGGAAUUCGCCAGGCCUUCUGCGUAUCGAGAGAAGACUAUCGAAGUCGAUAGCUUCACGACUUUUGAUACGAAUUCUGGUACGGGACAUAUUUACAAAGCAAAUAACUUGAAGAUGGAUGCGCAACUGAGAUCGUCGGCGCCUCCUAGGGCUAUCGUUCCUGAAUCAAGCCGAAGUAGUGAACCAUUGGAAAGGAGGUCGGAAAUAAAAAGAUCGAAAGCCCUGAGUGAGGCUAGGAGCAUACUUUCUGAGAAACGCACGAGCGCUUCUCGCGAUAUCAAGAGGAAACCUGUCUUCUCCACGUUCCUGACAGACCGAACUGCUGUUGAAGGAUCUCGAGUCAAACUUACUUGUAGCGUUCUAUCCUCCUCAGACCCUAAGGUCACUUGGUACAAAAACGGCGUGUUAUUAGACAACAAAUUGAAAUACAGAACAAAAAUGAUGGAUGGUCUCAUAACUUUGGAAGUUUUGAAUGCAGUUCCAAGCGACUCUGCCGAGUACAGCUGUACAGUUGAAAACGAGAACGGGUCAAUAAAUACGUCAGCCAACUUGAAAGUGUAUCCUAGUUUUGAAGCUUCACCUAUUCCGCCUACUUUUACUCGAUCAAUACGCGAUGCCUAUCAUUUGGCUGAAAAUGAAUUGGUCCUUGAAUGUCGGAUACGGGGUCAGCCUCUCCCCACCAUUACCUGGCUGAAAGACGACAGGCCAGUUAGCAUAAACGAGCGAUUCCAAGCUUACUAUCUGGCUGAUGGCGUUUGCAGAUUAGCUAUAUCAUCUCCCACGCCCGAAGACAGUGGUAAAUACACUUGCAAAGCUGAAAAUUCUGUAUGGUCAGACCAAAUAACACACGUUGUUAACUUCACGGGUAGAGAAAGCUGUUUAGGUCCAAACCUGGCUACAAUUGAGCGAUCUCGCUUCAACCGCCAGGCGUUAGAAUCCCGAAGGCCGCACUUUAGCAAUGUUUUGACUGAUUACAAAGUUACUAGAGGAGGCACAAUUGGACUUCAAGUGGAAAUCAAAGGAUGCCCAACCAGAGUCGAGUGGUUACGUGAAGGUCGAUCAGUUGUGGAGACCUACACUAAUGCGAAGACUUAUGUAGAACAAGGCUUGUACACUUUGGCGCUACCAGAUGUUACUGAGAGGGAAUCUGGUUUAUACACUUGCAGAGCUUGGAGCAGUCAUGGAACUGUGGAUAUGAAUGCCGCUAUUACUGUGGUACAGCCAAAUGAGCUCGAAGGCAAACCAGCGAUUAUUGUAGGGCGACCUGAAAAGGAUCUGUUGAUAUCUGUUGGUGAAGACCUGAAUAUAUCGUUUAGGGUACAAGGAGAACCCAGGCCCAAAGUAAUAUUCAUGAAAGGUAUCAGAGACAUCACCAACAGUCAACGCGUGUGCAAAAUGACCUCUGAUGAUUACGUCAAGUUCACUGUGAAGAGGUCUGUCGUAUCGGACGCUGGUACUUAUUGCAUUUUGGCCAGAAACGCAUACGGCUGCGACAGGGCCUUUGUGACUGUUGUGGUAAGACAGCGUGCAUCUUCAGAAAAUUUGAUAUCGGACUGGACAUACCCUAUGGACGAUUCAGCAUUGUCAAUAACCGAAAGGAAGUACAAAUCUGUGCCUGACCGCAUCCCGGGCGAACCGAGCGUCGUGGACGGUGGAAACAACUGGGUGUCCCUCGCGUGGCCAAAGCCCGAGCCUAGUGAAGCCGCGCCGGUACUAGCGUAUAAGGUCGAGAGUUGGCUGGUCGGGAAGGAAGGCGGCGCGCGGUGGGCAGAACUAGGAAUAACGCCCUUGAACUCCUUCGACGCGUUCAACUUGAAGUCGGGCGAGGAGUACCACUUCAGAGUCACGCCACGGAACAGAUACGGCUGGGGUGAAUCUGUGCAAACUUCCUCACCGUUCGGCGUUGGAUUAGCAGGGGAUAGACCGGAAUUCGUCGACAUUCUCCCGGGUCUAUUAAAGGUUUUGGUCGGCGAGACGGCUAGUUUAAGCUGUAGUGUCAAAGGCAAGCCGACCCCGGAAGUUGUUUGGAUGAAGAACGGACAUGAGUUGGAGGAUGACGACGCUAGGGUGAAGACCUCGUUCAAUGGGUUCAACUGCAGCUUGACCAUAAAUGGGAUCAACCCUGAGGAUGAAGCGCGGUACAGCUGUGAAGCUACCAACGUGCAUGGAAGGGCCUCAACUUACGCUCGGCUGGCGGUGGUCACUGACAGACUUAUUUGGGAAGCCGAUGCUAAGCUCAAGAGGGAAAGAUCAGCCGAUGCGGCCGGAGAGUAUCCCCCCCAAUUCACGAUGCGUCUCCGUGACAGACGGGUCCAGGCUACCUAUCCUGUCAGGCUGACCUGUCAAGUUGUGGGCAGCCCCUCACCUACAGUCACGUGGUUCAAGGAUGGAGAGGAUGUUAUACUUGACAGUCGCCACACCAAAUCUCAAGACGAGCACUUCCACACUCUGGAGAUCGCUCCAACCAGCCUCGAAGAUGGUGGAAUCUACGAGGCUAUGGCGCGCAACAGCUGUGGAGCCAUCAGCUGCCACUGCAACCUCGUGGUCGACAAGGGCAUCAGGGCGUACGUGGCUCCAGAAUUCUGCUGUGGGCUGGAACCCUUGUACCGACUAAAAGAAGGAGAAGAGCUAAGAAUAUCAGCGGUAGUAGAAGCGUACCCCACAGUCGGGGUGACCUGGUACCGUGAUGGGGUGCGUCUCAGACCGAGUCGCCGGGCCAUCAUGACCCUCGAUCGAGACGGGCAGAUCGAGCUUGCCCUCGCCUUCGUGACGCCAAGGGAUGCCGGCGUGUACACCUGCACAGCAUCAAAUGAAGUGGGCAGAGCCACCACGUCAGGGAAGGUGGAGGUGAUCGCAGACGGUUCUGUCGUGAAGAAGAAGACACCGCCGAUGCUUAUCAGUCCUGAUGUGCCAUACUCCAAAGAGCCGAUGUUCGUCCGCAAGCCGCGGUCGAGCGAGGCGAGAGAAGGAGACACCGUUAUCAUCCAGUGCGAGGUGGUCGGAGACCCAAAGCCUGACGUGUACUGGUUGAGGGACUUCUUGAAGCCUGACUACUACCGCGACGCGACUCACUUCAAGAGGGUGGGCGAUGGUCCCGAGUAUCGGUUUGAGAUCCCGCACGCCAAGCUGGACUACACCGGAGCGUACUCGGUCGUAGCUCGCAACGUGCACGGAGAGGCCAAGGCUAUCAUAUCACUGCAGAUUUUGGCUAAAGACCCCAGUUCAACCGAAGAGCACAACAUAAGAUAUGGACGAGUGGACGUCAUCCCAAGGUUCGAGAGGGAGCUGACAGACCUCCUGUGCUACGAUGGUGACGCCAUCGAGUUUGAGUGUCGCGUCUCCGGGCAUCCUGAGCCAGACAUCAGAUGGUUCCAUUAUACAGAGUUGAUCAGAGAAAAUCCGGACUUUGAAUGGUCGCUGGUAGACGGAACAGCUCGCCUGAAGAUCAAACAGGUGACCGCUGAAGACGAGGGCACAUACCUCUGCGAGGCGUCCAACAACCUCGGGAAGGCUACCACCAGCGCUUGCCUCGUAGUUUAUCCACCUGGAGAGCCAAACACCCUCAGUCAAAGGCUCCGGAGACCGCCAGCGCUUCUGUCUGCUGCAUCCACUCCCAGGUCAACGCCCAGGAGUACCCCUGCAAGAUCAAUGUCCAGAACUAGAACUCCUGGUCCUGACCCUCGUCGUCUCUGCAGCCCGUCACGUCAGAUGCCUCCCAAAUUCUACACGUACCCAUUCAAUAAGGUCGUCGAAGAAGGUGACCACGUGGUCUUCCAAUGCGCCGUGAAAGGCCUGCCUGCCCCAUGGGCCACGUGGGACAAAGACGGCGUCAUCAUCACACCGUCUUCUAGAAUAACAAUAAAAGAAAAAGACGAAAUCUUAAGGAUCUUGGAGAUCGAGGAAGUGACAAUCGAAGACGUUGGCGUGUACAGAAUAACAUUGGAAAACGAUUUGGGCAGAGUUGAGGCUUCUGCGAGGCUUGAGGUGAUCACUCAGAAGGGGAAGUUCUACGCUGGAGUCAGGUCGUACAGCGCUUCUCCGAGGAAGUCUCUCACUUACAGAAGACGACCGUCUCGACAAGACUGAUGCACAGUUUGAGCUUCGAUGCCAUGUCCAAGCUUGACUUGGCCGAUGUAAGUUGCAUUCGAGUUCUGGCCACGGCGAAUUCUGGGUACCCAUUUACUUUGCUUGGCGAUAGCAUUGUCGAUAGCUGAGCGACUUCACUUUCAGAUUGUAAUUUAACGUUUCUAUUUCAGGAUAAUAUUAAAUCGAAGGAACAGCGCGCGUAAGAAGCUAAUUUGAUUUGUGUUUUAAGUUUAUUUCUAUGCAUUUUAUUUAUUUUGUGAAUCGACAUCGUUUUUGGUGUAGUCGAGUUACCACAAUGUUAAGUUUUUGUUUCUAUUUUAUUUUCCAUGCUUUUUUAUUGUUUCACACGUUGAUAAGGUUUAGUGGAAUCGUUUGAGAUAAUUUAUUGUUUUAGUCAAAAAAUUUUGUAGAUAUUUUGAGAAAAACUGUGUGAAGCAAUCGUUAUAUUUACAACAUUGUAAUUUGUUGUAAUAGUGUAUAUUUAUAUACAUUUGAGUAUUACUUGUUUGCUAUAAGCUGUGUUGCCCUAUUUAGAUAGACAU